AUGAGCACCAACAUUGAAAGACUCCACAGCGAAGAUGAAGUCGCUUAUAAACUCAAAGGAGAAAUUGCAACAAUAGAAAAGGAAAUAAAAAGUUGGUUCAUAAAAAGGAGAUUAAACAUGGAGCUAAACUACUCCUUAUAUAACCUGUUCAAUAAUUAUAAUAUUGUGGGACUCUCCAUUAAUAAGAAUAUUGACAUGAAGGAGAAGAUGUUGUGGCACGAUAUUGUUAAUGGAAAGCCAGACCUAGAAGACACACUCAGCAUGGAUGCAAAGGAGUACAAGGCAGACAUGUACAACCAGAUGUGGCAUAACAGCACAACUAGCGAAAAUCCUUGUAGAUUAGUGGGAUCAAUUUUUUUUAGGUGCUUAAAAAAUAAUUACCAAUUAACGCAAAAUGAACGAGAAGGCACCUGCAUGCACAGUUUUUCAAAUUUCACCAAUUGCAGAAAGGCCUUGAAGUUGCAGCAGGCCAAUAAUAUAAAAACUGCUCUCACCAAGCAGCAUGCCGAGGACACCCAUGCGAAGGCUCUCUUUCAGAGGAGGAGUUCACUGUUGGAGAAGUUGGCGGAGCUAACUGCUUAG